AGGUAAUAAUAUGGACGUUGGUUCUCUCUUCGCUCUGAAGAAUGUGAAAGGGAAGAAGAAGGCCCCGGCGGGCACUUCUGCCAGGGAGGGGCCCUCUCAACCUGCUGGCACCGCUGCUGGCGCCGGAGGGUCCAGGGGUGCCGGGCCCGUGAAGAAGAAGAACGCCGGCAAGGGAACCGAGUCCCUGGCAAAGAAGCUGAAGACUGCUGCCCCUGCCAAACAGCCGGCCACCGAUGUGGUGGUGAUCGUUGAUGAAGGGCACGCCUCUGCCCCCACCCCCCUAGGAACAAAUCAACCAGGAGUUCUUUGGGCGGGAGAAGCUGGAGGCGCUAGUGCCGAAGGGAGCUUCCGUGUUGGAGGGCAGCCUGAACCCUUCGGCACUGAUGAGCCAGAUGCUGCCGUCGGCUGACCGACUGGCCCUUGCUAGGUUGGAUGAAGGAUCCCUCGAGGCGAAGGUCCUUUUGAAUGUUGCCUCCAGCUUUAUGGGCCUCUGCGAGCACCUCCGGAGGGUGGAUCAAAUGAGGGAGGCCAAGGGCGCAGCCGAGGGGGAGGCCGCCCUCCUCAGGAAGAAGCUCGCCGAGGCUGAGGACUCUAUCCGCCUGGCUACCGACGGCCUAGAGCAGAGGGUGCAGGCUGCAGGCUGCAAGGGCUGAAGGGGUGAAUGAGGGCCUGGCCAGGGCCGGGGAGGCUACUGCCGAGGCCGCCCGCGUUGCUGCUGAAGAAGCCCGCGUAGCUCAAGAAGAGGCCGUCUCCAAAGCCCGAGAGGAUGCGGUGGCCAGCUUCGCUGCCGAGGGAUGGAAGGCUGAAGACCGGAGGGAGUGGCUCGCUUCGGUGGUGGGGGCUUCGGUGGACGAAUGGGUCGAAGGCCCCGGAAAGAUGUGGCUUGCUGAGAGGGGCGACUCGUACUAUCAAGGCGGGGAGUUCUUCACCCAACGCCUUAUCUACCGGAAGCUUGCGAAGCACUUUCACAUCGCACCAGAGGAAUUCCAUCCAGAGGCUUAUGGCCUCCCCCCUCAUCAGCCAGACAUCAGGAUCCCGCUCCCCGAGGGGGAAGAGAGACCAUUUCUUGAAGAUUCGGAGACCCUCCGGGAAUGCGGCCUCGGGGGUGAUGAGGAUGAGGCCGAGAGUGAGGCAAUUUCUACAGCUCCCCCCUCCUGAUAUGUAUUCCCCCUGUAUUGUAAUCAUACUCUAUUGUAAUUGUUGGCUUCGGUCCCUUUUGUACAUUUAAACUUCCCUCCGUUGAAUGAAUGAGUUCAUAUAUAACAUGCUUCCUUUCG